AAGCACGGGCUCCAUCAUUUGAUGCACGGCGCACGGCUACUCGCGAGCUGAAUUGAUAAACUGCAGCCGCCAUAAGAUCGCCGCAGCGCGUGUGAACCGAGAGCAACCUUUGCUCCCGCGCGCAACUUGCCGGCAGGGCCACUGCUCUCUAGGGCACUUGAGCGCAACACAAGCGCGCACGCCGCCGGGGUGCUCACAAGCGCGCACGCGGGGCGCCAUACGACCAGAAUCAGCAUCUAAAAAGCCACGGCACGCCAUGGCCGCGCAGCCGGCAAAAACAGUAACGGUAGCGGCCCUGGCCGGCGCCGCCUUCGCCGUCGCUUAUAAAACAACCAGCAAGUACCUCAGCAACGACGAAGACGAAACGCCGAAGAGCCUGGACGACAGCACGAAGCUCGACGAGAGCACGGCGUCUAGCUUCUACGGCAUUACGCCUUCUUCGUUAGCCACAAGACAUGAAGCGAGAAGCAUGGAUCGAGAAAAGAGCGAGCGAUCUUUAAGGUUGAUGGUCGAGUCCAAGGCCCUCGCACAAGCGUCGACCACGGAUUAUGCGGGCGGCACUUUAGGUAGUAGAGUCAAAUUGGUCGUGGCCAUGGUCGGCCUACCAGCUAGAGGUAAAAGUUAUCUCGUCAAAAUGUUAGUAAGAUAUCUGAGUUGGGUCGGCUUCCCCACGAAAAUAUUUAAUGUGGGCGAACUACGACGAAAGCAGGGCCAGGCCGGCGCCAAGGCCGAGUACUUCGCCGACACGCCAGAGGCGAUGGCCGUCCGAGAGGGCCUCGCGCUGCAGUGCCAGGAGGAGAUGUACGACUGGCUGCGGGCCCAGAAGGGCGCUUGUGUGGCCAUCUUCGACGCUACCAAUACGACGCGACAUCGGCGACACUUGUUAACAGAGAGAUGCAAGGCCGAGAGUGAUGAAAGUGGCAACGAUGUGAGUAUAGUGUUUGUGGAGAGCAUCUGCGACGACCCGAAGGUGCUCUCGCGGAACUACGAGAUGAAGCUUCAGAACGUGCGCGCGCGGCGUCCUCGUCGCGUCGCGCGGCCGUCAACUCUGUUGCGUGUGCGUGUCGGGUCGCGGCGAUAGCGUAUGGGGUGGCACGAGACGCCUCGCCGCGAGAGUACGCCCACCGCCGCGCCGCCACCGCGGUCCCCCGCAGGCCGACUACCGGGGCACGGACCCGAAGAAGGCCAUGGCCGACUUCAUGGAACGCGUGAAGCAGUAUGAAGCUAGGUAUGAACCGGUAGAUGAUGCCGAGGAGUGCGCCUACAUCAAGCUCGUGAAUGUCGGUGAUAAAGUUAUAACAAGACGGUGCGGCGGUUAUCUCACUUCUCAGUUGGGCUUCUACCUGGGCAACGUGCACAUCCAGCCGAGGCGGAUUUGGUUGGCAUUACAUGGUGAAAGUCAGCUGCAAGUAGAGUCUAGAAGAGUCGGCGCCGCUACGGGGCACCUCACGCCGCGCGGGCGGUGUUUUGCCAGAAGAUUAGCUUCUUUCGUGAAAGACGCGCAUGCUUCCUUCCGAGAAGAGCAUGUAGAUACGGACCCCGAGAUCGUCGUCUUGACCGGUAAUGCGCCCAUCCAUUCUCAAACGAUAAAGCCGCUGCUGGCCGAUCCUCUAGCGUUCGAGGCGGCGCCGCGCGUGUCGACGUCGUCUCUAUUAAAUGAGUUGUGUGGCGGCGACUUUGAUGGACUGAGCGUCAAGGAGAUUCAAGAUAGGUACCCGGCGGUCUGGCACCGACGCAUGGCCGACAAGCUGCGGUUCCGAUACCCGGGCGCCGGUGGGGAGUCGUACCUGGACGUCAUCAACAGGUUGAGACCUAUCCUCAUUGAAUUGGAGCGCCAACGCAAAUCUGUACUACUGGUGACGCAUCUGGCCGUCCAAAGGUGCUUGUAUUCUUAUUUUACGGGUACCGACGCCGAGGCUAUCCCUUAUUUACCGUUGCCGGCGGGCGCCGUCUUGGAAUUGACGCCGACGCCGCACGGGACGCAGGUGCGGACGCAUAUAUUAUUGCCCGACGACGAGGAGGCACCGACUCGGCGUCUGCGUCGUUCCGCGCGACUCACCGGUCGUCGUCCACACAGGUCUCCGAGCACGGCGUCCCGUCGCCCGUAGCGUUCCCGGCGCGCGUGCCGUCGCACGCCCAGGCGGCGCCGCAAGGGAAGGGCUCGCCUGUGGUACACGCUCCCGUGCGGCUCACCUCGUAAGUAAAGUUGUAUACAUAUAAUCACGGCGGUGGUGUGCGCUAUAAUAGGC